AUGCUACGUUGUCCGACCUCUCAACGUCAGCGAAUUGUCAAAUUCAAUACCAUCCACGAUAUGGAGAGCUCAACACACAUCUCGACGAGGAUGAUUGAGCCUACUCUCCUCCCCUUCUCCAUGGAUGAGGUCAAAAGAGAUCCAUUAGCUGCGCGAUUGGCUGCCCUCGACAAGAAGAUGGCCACAUUCCAACAGAGUCUGGUGACGUACGAUAAGAACCUGGCCAGCAUCGAUCGUUGUUUUGUGGAGAUUCGAAGCGAGAUAGAAGUCGUCCAAGAAGGCAUCGCACAACUGGGAAAGCCCACGCAACCGAGCUCGCUACCUCUGAAGGCGCCUCUUACAGUGCACACAGAUGGAUGA